CCUAGAAAUAAAGUCUCCUUCUCGAAAAAAAUAUAUAUGUAAUAUAUUCAUAUCUCUUUUUUAUUUAAUAUAUAUAUUUAACCAUGAAUACUGAAAUUAUGUCUACUCUAAAUAACUUUCAUGACGGCAAUGAUAAAGUCAACAUUAGCCUAACCCCUAAAAUAGUCGACUUUGGUAAACAAUACCAUAAUGUUACAAAGAUAACUCAAGAAGAAAAUUCAGAGGAAGAUUCUUCCUCAAGUAGUGAUAGCACAAGGGAAGGAAAUCAUUCAAUAAAAAAUACAACAUUAUCUUCUGUGAGCCUUCAUUCUCCUGACAGUAAUGAUAUUUCAACCACUUCUUCUUCUUCUUCAACUACAAGUCAUCAUCAAUCCUUUAAACAACAUGCUACAGACACUUCAUCACAUAAUAAAAAUUCACCAUUAAAAAGACCACCAAAUUUAUCUGAAACCUUACAUAUGAAUACAUCCGUAUGCUUCGAAGACUUAUUUCGAGAGGGUAAACCAAGCAUUUACCUCUUUAUCUUUGUCAACCCGUUAUCAGGCGACUGUAAGGGGAAAGACCUCAUCCAACUUCCCUUUCAACAUUUUCGUCUGCGUCAAUUUCCUCAAGUUCAAGUUGAAAUACACAAUAUUCUGGACGAAAAGGAUCGGCGACUAGGUAUAGAAAGUGUAAAACUUGUUGAAAGUAUGCUUAAAUCAGGAGAAAUACCAAGUCUAGAUGAAUUAAAUACAAAAUCUGAUCAAACCAAUGAAAAAGAGGUCUGCAUCAAUGAAACUGUUCGUACACGUCAUAUUCAUGUAUGGAGUGCAGGAGGAGAUGGGACAGUGAUGAGUGUUUUUGAAAUGCUAGUUAAUAACCAUAUUGAUUUAAAUUGUUUGUUUUUUUCAUGUAUUCCUCUUGGUACUGGUAAUGAUUUUGGUCAAGUCUUGGGCUGGGGAAGGACAAUACCACAUCUUAGUAUUUUAGGCAAGGGCUUACGCAAUUUAGAGGAAUUAAUUAUGGAACGUCUUAAAUACUCAUCUGCAGCACAUCUUGAUAUUUGGCAAGUUGAAAUGGAGGCCUAUCCUGGAGGAUAUGUUCAAUUAGCAGGCGCACCACGACGCAAGACAGGGUCCUAUAUUCAAGGGAUUGACAAGACACAUCAACAAGCAACAAAAAGUAUUUGUUCUCCAUGCAUGAUGACUCGAAAGAUGUGUAACUAUAUGUCGAUUGGUGUGCAAGGCUAUGUUGGAAGUGGUUUUGAAAAGCAUCGAUCAGGUAAUCGAUGGUUAAAUGUUGUUGUAUACACUUGGGAAAGCGCAAAAUGGGUCUUUCUGCGUAAAUUUCCUUCAGUAUCCAAUUUUAUUGAAAAAAUUAUAUAUAACGAUGAAACAGUACUUGUUUGCCCUAAACCUGGUGAAGAAAAGAAGAAGAAUAAAGUUGGUGCAUCUAGUAACGAUACAAAAUCGAUACCUAUAUUGGCAAAGCAGUCUAUUGAUUUUAUUAUUCAAAAUAUACCGCAUAUAUGGGGACGAGAGGUUGAUUUAUGGGGUGAUGCUAAAAAAGGUUUGGAAUCUGUAAAAAAUCGUUCAGGGCCAACAGAUCCUCAUAACUGGACACCACAGCUAGCCAAUGAUGGGAAAAUGGAAAUCAUGGUGAUUCAGAACAUACCAAGCUAUUUGAAGAAGCUUGCUAAUAUUCGUCAGCAUGUUUCCCGUAUUGGGCAAUUUAAUACACCUUUUGAAAUUUAUUUCCGUGAGCCUGAAUCAUCAAAGACUAAAUCCAAAUGGAACUCGAUAGUAUUUCAAAACAAAUAUGUGAACAAAAAUAUAAUUUGUAUUAUGUGUGAUGGUGAAUUCUACGUUUUAAAGGAUCCAAAAUCACUCAAAUUUACAAGAUAUGCUAGAAUUUGCACUUUGGGAAGAAAUGAUAAAAAAACAAAAGCAAGAUUAGUCCAAGAUGAGCAAACUUCUAAUGAAUAUUGAAGAAAAGAAAAACAAAGGCAAAGUUACUACUACUAAUAAAAAGAAAUAUCAACCAAUUUUACACUUUUGUUGACUUGUUUACAAAAGCUGAAAGUGUACACUGCAUUUGACCAUAAACUAAAACUCUAAUUAUUGUAUCCGUUAAUAUUUUUUUUUUCAAGCAUAAAGGC